AUGUCACACGACAUCAACCUCUAUGAAGUCAUCCUCGACGGCAACAUCGGAAUUUUCGAAGUCGUCCUCUGGUACAACGUCGACGUCGCUAAAGUCAUCCUCGACAACAUCGAAAUCUUCGAAGUCAUCGUCUACUAUAACAUCGACCUCUACAAAACAAUCCUCUACCACGACAUUAACCUCGUUAAAAUCAUCCUCUACCAAGAUGUCGACGUCCUCAAAAACACCCUCUACUACGCUAUCGUCAAGCACUAUCAAGUCGAGCUCCAGCACCCAAAAACCAUCAUCAACUUUAUCAGAUCUCCCAACUCCUACGAAUUGUAA